CGGCGGGAGCCUGCGGACGAGCCUGGCCCAGCCCAGCCCGUCGCCGUGCCCAGCGCUCCCUGCCGGCGGGGCCGCCGGGGGCUCAAGGGCCGCAUCCCCCCGCGGGGCCGGGGCGGGAGGGAUCGGGCCGUUGUUCCCUUCCCCGGGGGCCGCCUGACGGGCGGGCAGGGUGCGGGGGGCCGGGUGGCGGGAAGGCGGCCGGGGUAGCCCGGUCCGGCUGUUGCUGGCUCUCCGCCCCGCAGCAAGCUGAGCCCGGGCUCCGGCAGGCUGGUGGCGGCGAUCGGGGCUCAGGGGGGGCCCUCCGGGCUCCCUUCCCUCCCUCCGCGGCGGGCAGCGCUGGAGGAUUUUCUCCCGCUGCGGUCCCCUCGCUGCCCCCCAGACAUGGUAGGUCACCUACAGCUGCAAGGGAUGGACGAGAGCCUGAAGGAGAAGAGCCGGGAAGGCUUGCUGGACAGCCCGGACUCGGGGCUGCCCCCCAGUCCCAGCCCCCCUUUCUACUCCCUCUCGCCCGGUGAGGGCAGAGCUGGGGGCAGCGGUGGUGCGGACCCCCCAGCCCCGGGGCACCGGCGAGAGGCCAAGGACGGCAAAGUGAUGCCCUACCUGCUCCUGAAUCCGUCCAUGCCAGAGAUGAGGCCUCGAAUGUACCCUGUGUUUUUUGGAGAAAGCAUUGAGGUCAGCCCUGAGCCCAUGCAGGAAAUCAGGUGCAAUUCCGAGGUGAAGUAUGACUCCGAGAAGCAUUAUCGGGAUGACAUCUUCUACGGCCCCAUCCCCACCGUCACCACCUACAGCGAGACAGUCAUUGCUGCUCCCAAUUGCACCUGGCGGAACUACAAGUCCCAGCUGAUCUUUGAGCCCCGCCAGAAGCCACUGAGGUUUCAGAGCACGACCAUCAUUUUUCCUAAGCAUGCCAAGAACAUUUACCGGACCACCCUCAACUACAGCUUGGGUUGUGCCAAGCGUUGGUUUGCUUCCAGCGUGCAGCUGGAACUCUGUGAGGAAACCAGCCCGUGCGUCAUCUACAGUGAGACCCUCUGAUCCGCCCUGUCGCUGGCAACCUUGUGACCUCAAGGAGGCUGUGGCCUUUGCUGGGUCUCUGGCUGGGCCUUCAUUGAUGGCGACUGAAUAUUAAUGGCUGGAAAACACGUCGUCUUGGGUGAGGCUGAACUGGCUGGGAGGAGGCUUGCAGGGCACGGGAUGGUUUUGAUCAGUGAGAGGCUGGCUUGUAUUUUGCAACGUUCCUGACAUUCAUGAUCUGGAUUUUAUUUUUGUUUUUUUUCCAAGCAUAUCUAUUUUUGACUUGUGUUUAGAUGAAAUCAAGAUGACAAAGGACCCUAUUACCCAUAGCAGAGUGCUGCGUUGUGAGCUCUGUAGGUCUCGUCUAGCACGUAGGUGAGACUCGCUGUAACCUUCAGAGCUGUUUUGGUCUCUGUAAAGGGAAGACCAGCUGCAGAAUCAGCGUCCAGCCUGACCAGCAUAUACCUAGCCAGGUCUCUUAGAGUUUAAGUGCAGAGGAGGCAGUUACUUGUAUCAACACAUCACAGCUUGCUCCAACAGCUCAUCUGGGAGAUAGCUGCAGUAUUACACCACUGCAGUAACCUCAGGCCUCUCACUGGGAGGAGUGGGGACUGUGACCAAGAAAAAGAGGAAGAAAACAGGCGUAUGGUGCUCUUGCUAGCAGCUAGAUGUUUAUGUACUGUAGCAGGGCACAGCACGACCAGGAGAUGGGAGAAAGGCCUACCCUGACACACGGCCACCUCUUCUGUGAGCCCAGCCAGGAGUAUGCAGGGGAGAUUGAGGAAACUGAAGGGCUAUUUUCUAAAAGUGUCCUUUCUUCCAGUGCCCUUUCUUCAAAAGUACUGUCAGACCAAGUGUGCCAUGCUGUUCAUUGUCUUGAACACCCAAUUUACAGGGAUCUUUACACCCUUGCAACCCUUUUGAGUUUCAGGGAAUGGCUGUAUUGCAGAGAGCAGUGUAGUACAGGAAGAUGCUAGCUAGCUUCAAAGAAGCCAGUGCAGGGUUAACUCACGAGCAAGGUUCCUCACCCUCUCAGUAGUUUCCAUACCUGUGGCAUGGACAGCUUCACUGACUGUGGAGGAGCAGCCAAACUUUCUCAGUGUACAGCCUGAGGUAUUGAAGAGCUCAAAUUCAUCCAGAUUUCCUUAAUCAGUAGCAGUUCAAUGGAUACUUUGCAAACAGCUGAGCUGUCUCUGCAAAAGGAUCAAGAAACACUGAGGGAGCAGGAGUGACUACAGCCAUCCUAAGGUAAACCACUCCCCACUCAUGAAUCAUAUCUCCCAUUAUCACUUCACUUUGGUAGCUCACUGAAAAGCUGCAAGAGCCUGGAUUCACACAAACAUAUAACCUUUGAAAAUGGCAUGGAAUUGUCUCCAAAAAUCUUACCAAGAAUUUUUGCAUGCUGCUUAGAAGAGCCCAGACUUAGAAAAUAACCACACAGCUCCAGAAAUUAAUUGCCAGUUUUCCCUCUUCUAAACUUUCCAUUUUGUUCCUGACUUGCGAGUCUGAUCGAGUUAUUUCGGAACACAACUGAGCAGCCAAGUCAGAAAACCUAUUAACAAUGUCAACAAGACGUAGCUGAUUGCCCAGAACAGCUGACGCACAAACCCAGAGAGAUUAAAAAAAAAUACAUCUGAAAAACUUAAAAAAAUAAUAAAAUUAAGUAGUGACUUAUAAAGAUACUUUUUCCAUCAGUUUCAAAAGGCAAUUGGUAAAUGUGACCAGAACUGUGACCUUUAUGAAACAGAGUUCUCUUGUUUAAAAUGAAGAACCGUUUUUCCACCAGAGGUACAUAUAAGGUCUUUAUAUACAAACUUAAAUCCUGACAGCUGAAGCAUCAUUAGUACUGAAAGAUGUGUGCUAUGGCAGUGGCGAACUCCAUCUCUCUGUUUGGGAGUUAGGACUUGCUAGGUGGAAACCUCUCAAAGGAUUUCCAAGACUUCCACCUACUGCUGAAUUCUUUUCAGCAACACAGAAACAAGGAUUGUACUUAUUACUGGCCAAAUUUUGCUGUCACUGACUGUCAGCAUCAAAGCCUGGAAGAGCAACAUCUGCUUCCAAAGGGAUUAUUAUAUGCCUGAAGCAACCCUUCUCCCCAGGGCUCCAGCACACGUGAGUGCUGUGGGGUUAGCGCAGGCAGCAGGGCAGUUGAAGCUGAGAUGAAUGUGGGCCCAGCGCAAUGCAAGUUGGUGAAGCACUUACUUGCUAGCUCACCUCGAGGUCCCUCCCGUUUAUCCAAGUGCUGGGGAGCGAGCCUUGUGAGCCGUGGAAAUACUCAUCUGCCUUCCUGGGUCCACUGUGGAGGCUCUGGAGGGCUCUUUCCGUGUACCCAUGAGAGUCUGUAGCAAAGGGGGUGGGUUUCCAAGCUGAGCAACAGCGUAAUCCGGGUUCAAAAGCAGGGCUGAUACUCAUGCCCAGGAGAUCCCUGCAUGGUGACAGAUCAGAUUGCAGACACCUCUACUGAGCAAGCAUGGAGACAGGCUGACUCCAAGCCAAAGGGAUGCCAGAGACCCCCUAUUUUGACCAUACAUCAGGCUUUUCUCCUGUUAACAGCUGGAUUAUUCCCUUGCUGCAAGCACAAAGCUGCAGUUUUUGAUCACACUGGUCUUUGAGCAGGUCAGGUUUUCCCUGGGAAAUCAUUUUAUCAUGGCCAGCUGCAGGCUUCUACCCACUUUGCCUGCUGUUAGUUCUGCUUCCUAAACGCUGGCUGCAACAGAAAAUUAGAAUUUGAAGAAAGCCAAAAAAACAGUGUGCAAAUAGAAAUCCAGUGAAGAGACCUGAACCACAGCCUGGUCUUUCACUAUGCAAGGAUGGAGGCUGCUAAGGCAAAGUCUCACAGGUGGAUGUGACCCCCAGGAGGGUGCAAUUGGGGGCUGUGUCUGUGGCACUGGAGGGUCCCCACAUGUCCAGGCCAGGCCUCUUUGAAACUUCAUGCUUUGUUUUCUCUGCAAAUAGACUAGAAAUGACCUAUCAUACUCCUACUCCUUUGAGCUUAAGCAGCUUUUCUGGUUUUGCCAUUUUGCCAUGUCAGGACAAAAAAAGACAGCAGCUUGGGUUUCUUGGCUGCUGAACAUACUUUGAGCUGUGUAGCCAUGGACAGGCCAUGGUGGGCUGCCACCCUGGACCACAUCCAAGCUGUGACAUUGCCAAGUGCCUGAGCUCUGUAGAAAUUUUGAAAAUUACCUUCUUAUCUGGUGUCUCCCAUGGGCCCAUCACAAGCUGCUUUUCUUCUCAGUGAACGCUGGCAUUGGGAAGGGACUUUGUUUUUCCUGAGGACAAGAAAACCAGAGAGGGUCAGCUCUUCAUCCUUGCCUGGGCACAGAUCCCCCCCUGCCCACCCACCCCCCGUCCCUAUUGCUCCUAUCCCUGUGGCUGGGUUGGAUGGUGGUAGAAGAGCCGAAGUUUGUCUUGCCCAUGACUGAGAAAAGUGAUGAUUUUUUUUUUGUUUUGCUUAAACACCAGAAACUGAAUUUUGUGUGUGUGUUGCCAAUUAAGAAUCACUCCGAGCAGCCAAAAAACACCUUACCUGUAUUACUUUUGUACAUCUAAAAGGAACAAUUAGUCCCACUAAAAAGGUGGGUUUCUUUUAAAUGGAGCAUUAUUAAUCUCAACCAACAGAUCUUUGUUCACGUAUAUUGUCUCAAAGAUAUAAAUGAUAAAUUCAGGCCAUGGAAAUGCUGCUUGGAAAGGUGAGUUUCCUUGAGCAGUUGGGACCGUGGUUACACAACUUCUCCCCAGGAUCCUAACAUGCCUCUUGCCCACAGUUCUGUAAGCCUGGUGGGUAAAGUCAGACACUGCCUUUAGGAAUUAUUUUCUGUCAAUAGUUAUUUUUGAGAUCAGAAACUUUGCCAGAAGGCAUCUGUUUCUUUGGGGGUGAAGGUUGUUUUUUUCAAUAUGGAAAGUCACUGUCUGAAAGGUGUGGGGUUUGCCCUUCAUCCCCAUCAUUCCUGUGUUCGUUUUGCCCCUGAAUGCAACAGAACGUGCUUCUGUCUGGUCUGCCUGCAUUGCUGUCAUUGAAUUUGGGGCCAAAAAGAAGGAACCCUGAAUAAUAUUGAACUUUCAGAAUCUGCGGAAUACUUUGCACAAACUGCAGAGAACAACUUUGACCAAAACAGUUUACUGCUUCUUUUGUCUCUAUUUUUUUUUUUUUUUCUUAGCCAGCUCUGCUUUUCUCAAUGUGAAAUACAGACAGAUUCGCACCCUAGGUGCGUACUUUCUGGGAAUGAGGAAAUGAGGUUUGGGUGUUGAUAGCAGUGUUUGAGUGAGCUGCUGGUCAGAGAAGUGAAUGCUAUUUACUAUUUAUGUUGAGUGUGUCUUAAAAAUAAAGGGAAAGGUCACUAGAAGGUUAAUGAGCAAAAGACUUUGUAGAUCAAACUGAAGACUAAAGGCUGUGUGAAUCUGAUCUAGAGGUGAAUGGUUCUGUGUGUGAACACUGUGUGCUAGGAUAUUUAGCCAUUAUAGUUUUAAGCUGCCUUUUUUUCCUGUAGGGAAGGGCAUCCUUGCCUUCAUUAGACCUGAAACAAAAAUCAGAUCCAUCCUCUGUCACAGUCAUUUAGUCCCACUGAAGUCUGUGAGCAUCAGCAUUCCCCAGGCUCGCUGGGGACUGUGUGUAUCAAGCACACAUGCACAGAGCUGUGCCUCUGUGGAGAUGGGGGAACACUUCAUAGGGAAUGAUGGAUCUUGUUGUGGGAUACUACAAUUUCCACUGGCAGUUAAACUGUGCUCCCUGAGGAUCACCCCAUCACUCACAAAUUGAUCUGUUCUGAGCAUCUCCACUAAAGCUCUCCUAUAACCAUUGUAUUUGAUAAGUCUUGGGAGGCACUAAUACUUUUUCAGAUACUGUGAUGGCCAUCAGAAUGAGCAAAGUAUCCUACCAUGUGAAUCGUGACCUGAAGAUGGGGUUGAAAGGUGUUUGAAGGUUAGAGGGGGAAGAAGAGAACAUAUAACUGGUGGAAAUGCAUAAGGAUGUGUCAUAUUUUUAUUUUUGUAAGUCUGAUUCUCUAAGUGCUUGUAAAGUACUUUACUGUUGUAUAUGUGGUGAUGCCGUAGUUCACAAUAUCCUUUUAUUUUUGUAUAUUCCCCCCUCCACAAUAAUCCCUUUCUGUUCAACUCAUAGAGAGUAAUUUAAGAAGACAAAAUUUAUAUAUCAUAAUAAAAUGCUCAAACUGUCA